GCUUUCGUUCCCUGCCUCUCAUCGCCCCCCAAGGCAGGGGGCAUUUUAGGGCCUGGCCCUGCGGAACUCCUGGCCACUGGAGGCUGGCAGUGGGCCCAUGGGGAGGGCAGCAGGGGGCCAGUAGGGCCAAGGGACAGGAAGAGGGCCAUUCCUUGGGGGUCUCCUGCUCUGGAGAGAACUGGAUGGGGGUCUUCAGCCCUUGGUGGCCCCUGGCUCUGGGGGCCCUCUGGCCAGCAGGGGCCUUUGUCCUCCAGCUGGAGACUGACUGCUUUCUCUCGGACACCGGCCAAGUCUUCUGGACCAACUGGAUGCUGACCUUCAACAGGAUCCCCUUCAUCUGCUACGACAACGACUACCUGCCCUGCGGCCUGGGGACCAUCGAUCCUUGGCGCCAAGUGUCCUCUCAGCUUUCCCAGCAGCUGAACGCCACUGGCCCUCCCCAAGGACCAGCCGCCUGCCAGGCCUGCCAGGGCCAGACCCAGUCCCUCUGGGGCCGGACAGCAGAACGCCGCACACCCCCAAAUGUCCUCAUUUUCCCGGUCACCCCCCGGAACACGCCAUCACCCAUCAUGCUGGCUUGUGGUGCGUGGGGCUUCUACCCGCCUGAAGUGAACAUCACCUGGUUCUGGAAUGGGGCCCAGCUGAAGGACAAAAUGGGGGCCCUCACCCUCAACAACAACGGGGACUGGACUUACCAGGCUCGGCGGACGCUGCCAGUCGACCCCAAAACCGGAGGGAUCUACACCUGCAAAGUGGAUCAUGUCAGCCUUGCAGAGCCCAUCGCCAAGCAGUGGGCCCCCGGUCUGCCUCUGGACCUGCGUCUCAAAGUGGGUCUGGCUGUGAUGGUCUUGGCUGUGGGCACCGUCUUCCUCACAGUGGCCACCAUCUUCUGGAGGAGGAAAUGGGCGCCGCAAGGUUACGUUCCUAUUGACGGCAGCACCUACCCAGAAGGGCACUAAGGGAUCCCAAUCCUGCCCCAAGCCAUGCAACUGAGACCCAUCCUGGACCCUCCUGCCUGGAAGAGAAGAGAGAUUUGGAGAUGUAUUUCAUGCUCCCAAAGCACCCUGGCUUUUCCGUUUCCCAAUCUGUUUUUUAUUUUCCCCAUAAAACUGGAAGGUCUCCGACCCAUCUGCUGUUCCGUUGGAUGCUUUUACGAAGCCAGUUGAGGCGCUGGAACGAAUAAAAUGCUUUUUGGAAACCCCACAGUUUCAUCAUUUGUAAUUCUGCAUAGCAUCCAACCCUUUUGCAUUGCCUGACAAGAGUAGACCCAUUGAAGCAAAGGGGUUUGCUUUUGGGUAGGUGAGCUAAUGGUCUCUUCUUGCAUGGGAUAAACUAAUGGGGAAAGCCUCUGCUGUAUUCCUCAUGCAUUGAGGGGGGGACUUGUCUUUA